CUUUAGCGGUUGUUCUCUGUCCACCUACUCUGAGAAUGUUUUCAAGUAAAAAAUAUAAUAUGAAAUAAAUAAAAUACUUAUUUUCAUUCCAAUUUGCAAAUACGCCAGGCUUUUGUUUCAUCGACUAAUUGAAUGCAUAAUAUUUUGUGAAUUGCGAUACUCUGAAAGCUGACAAGAUGCCUCGUGCUCUUCCUGUUUGUGACGAUCCUUUUAAUGUACACAAGAAACGAGUUAAUAAAACCGUUAAACCUAUUGGUCCAAGUCUACUUAUUUUCAGCCGUGAACAUUUUCCUGGUCACAAUUGGACUGCACAAACUUUGCUUUGUAUUGGUUGUCGGAUGAAAUUUUACGAUGCAAGAAAAUUAGCAGCAGUGGCAGAAGCGCAAUCUCAAUUACUAGAAGAACCGAACGACGAGGAUGAUAACUUUUCGGGACAUGAUGACGACGAUGGACCUCUUUCUCCUCCUGCAGAUAUGUCGCCUCAUCCUUCGAACAGCCAACGAGAACAACGACAAGGCAAAACUAUAUCUUCUGAAGCACACAACAAUCCGUUCGUCGUCUUGGACCGUGACCCCGUCGUUGAAUCGUUCAUAACUUCUAGGCCCCUCGUGGAUGGAAAUAAAGUGAACAAAGUAUGUUUUGGUUGUGGAAUGUCUCCGUCGAAGGGUGGGCCACGUACACGCCCAAAUUUGGAGCAAAAGACCAACCUGUACAAAAGCAUCAUUAUCAACCCAUCUUUUCGAGCUAAAAUGUCGCCAUCCAUGUACAAUAAUUUUGCGCACAAUGACCAAAGUUGUGGUGAUUGCUGGAAAAUGAUUCACGAGGUUUGGACUUUACACCAAGAGAUCGUCGCUACCCAGAAGGGGUUGGACAGAUUAGUUGAGAAGGGAAGAGAAUGUGUGAUGAAAUCUAAAUCACGGGCGAAAGUGAAGUCUGCGGAAACCUUACACGCGUCUCAAACCCCUAAAAGACAUCAUAAUUCUCCACCAGACCUUCUAUUCUACCCAAAAAUUGACCAUGACGCAGUUGUUCAUAUCAAGGAGGAAGCCAGUGACCACGGUGAAGAUUUUGAUGUCGAUGAUUUCGCUCUAAUUCCUGAGAUAGACCGCUCGGAAGAUCGGUUCUAUGAUGGAGACGACAGAGAUGAGAACAGCGAGGAGAAGGCUGUUGACCAAAAGAAUCCUUUUUCUGCCCAACUUUACCGAACAGCAGGAUCCGACAAUUCUCUACCAUCUCAACGUAGGAGCUGCAGAAAGGUCCAGGAGGAAAAGACGGACCCCAUAGAUGAUUUGGAUUCUGAAUCGAGCGACGAGAACUCAACCUCUGAUUCCGAUUCUGACUACGAGCUGGACCUGUUUAAUAAACGAGAAAACAGUGAAUGUACUGUUUGUGGAAGAGAAUUUAGGAAGUUCAAGCAAUUGAUCCGCCAUGAAGUUCUAGUUUGUAAAGUUGCUUACGACAAAAGGGAAUUGGAUCGAGUCAACAUCAUAUUCUAUCCGUGUAAAUUGUGUGAAAAGCAAUUUUCUUCUAGCUCUCAAUUACAAAGACACGUAAGGAGCCACACAGGUGAAAAGCCGCCCUCAUGUCCCAAAUGCGGCAAAUCUCACAAAAAUUUUAAUUACACAAAUGAGAUGUUAUGUAAAAAGUGCGAGAAUAAUUCCGAGGAGGAUGUCAAACUUCCGACCCCUAAAACAUAUCAAUGCUCUCACUGUGGGAAACAAUUAGCACAACAUAUCAAUCUUAUCUCUCAUGAAAUACGAAUUUGCAAACUUCCCUACGAUGAGGAUGCAUUGAGACGGAAAGGGAUCAGAAUACGGAGAUGUGACCAUGCUCUAUGUGGCGAGGUAUUCGUUACAUCGAGACAAUUUAAAAGGCACAUGCUCAUCCACACCGGCGGAACGAUACCUUUAGCCAGAAAACACGAAUGCAACCAAUGUGGAAAAUUAUUUAUUAGAUCCCAGGGUUUAAACCUUCAUAAGAAAAUGCACUGUCCCGCAGGCACGAUUGAUAUUGAAUUCAAAGCAAAUUUUUUGGAAAAAUUACGUCAGCGGCGCCGCCAACAAUCAGUUAGAUUUAACUUCCAGUGCCCCAAUAAAUGUGGGAGGAGGUUCACCUCGAAAACGAAGUUAGUCAAACAUUUGGUGACUGCCCACCCCCCAGUCACAGAGGCGGAAAAGUUUAUAAUGUGUGAAAUAUGUGGAAAAUCUAUAUCAUCGAAACCACACAAUUUACGAAACCACAUACUUCGAGUUCAUGAAGGUGUCAUUCGCCACAAUUGCCCCCACUGCGGAAAAGGGUUCUUUGGCAAAUAUCCGUUGAGAGUCCAUAUUUUUCGGAUGCAUGAAAAGGAACGAAAAAUUCGAACCAAUCGUCAGAAAAGCAUUCACUGUGAUGAGUGUCCAAAAACGUUCCUUUUUGAGACUACACUUACCCAUCACAAGAGGAGAGAUCAUCUAGGGAUCAAGAACUUUGAAUGUGAAAUCUGUCCCUACAAGUGUUACACGGGAUCCGAUUUUAAAAAACAUGUCAAGACUCAUGAAGAAAAGGAGGCGCCUCGUUGUGAGAAGUGUGGACAAGUGUUUGGGACUCAGGGAGCACUCACAAAUCAUCGUAGGCGAUUGCAAAUUGACUGUCAGGAGUUGCAGGGGCACAAGAUCGGGGAGGUCCUAAUAAUGAACAAGGGAGAAACUGGCGCAGAAGAGUCGGGAUUGCAAAAACUCGACUGAUUGUAACUUGUUGAAAAUGAUAUCGCUGUGGGGCUGAAGUUCUGAAAAGGCUGUUGACUGACAAUUUAUAUUUUUAUAAUUAAGUGAAACUUAAGAUUUCGGACAAUAAAUUUCUUUGUUGAAUUUGUGUUGUAAAAUGCAAUUAUUAUCAACGGAAAGUACACAUUGUUCAGCUAUUAAUUUUUUUUCAAGUGCCAAGUUUUUAUAAAAAUAAAGUUCCAAAAUUUGACAGUUGAUCCUUCAGAUCGACUACGAUUAUCUUCUUGCUAAAUUACUUAUUAUUUUUCAACUUUCAAACAAUUUUUCUGGCUCUGUACGUUCAGUUUCAUAUUGUUACUUUGCCCGUCAAACCAAAAUUGCGAAUUAAAUUGGUAUACUAAAUUUGUAGACAGUGAACCACCUAAAAUUAGUUUAAAGACCCAACAUUUGAAAUGAGUAAUAAAAUAAAACGCAUAA